GCCAGUGUCCCUGACCUCAUGGUCUAGUGGGGGUGAGGACGGCAUGCACUCAUACCAGACUUGCAGUCCAGCUGGGGAGGAGGUGCCACAGGCCAGGGGUGGUGAUCACAUGCAGUGAGGUAGGGGUGGGGGAAGGACGGCUUCCUAGGGGCUGCAGGCUGUACAGGAGCUCUCAUGCAGGGCAGGUGGUGUUGCCGCCUCCACCUAACAGGACCAGAGCCAGCAGUGGGGGUGUCACUCACCCAGUGUCCACACCUGGGGAAGGUUGAUGGGUGGGGUGGAGUAGGGCAAGGUUGUCACGUGUUCUUUGAUCAUCAAAUGUAGCUUUUUUAGGAAAGGAGCUGUGGGUGAGGCAGAGGCCAGUACAGCAGUGAGAGACCAGUGGGCCUUGCAGCUGCUCAGGACUGGUGGAGCACCCCAGGCCCUUCCCUCUAGAUAAAGAGAGGUCCCUGUCCUAGGCACUAGGAACUACAAAACAGAUCAUAUUCCAAGACCUGCCCUGGUGGAGCUUCUGUUGGGUGUGAGGGAGUUGUGUGCUAUGUGACGGAGGUAGGAGGCUUUGGGAAGGGACAGCUUUGAAUCCAGGGCUUGCAACAAACCUGGUAAUGGAGAAGGGCUUGAAAAAGGGCAGGAGACACCUGGGCAGAGGGCUUUCCAGGCAGCCCUGGGUAGGGCAGUUCCUGAUGUGUUGGAGCAACAGUGAGGAGGCCCAUGUGGCUGGAGCAGAGUGAGUGGGGGAGAAAGAGGCAGUGAGGCAGGGAGAGGCCUGAGCAGGUCAUGCAGGGCCUUGUGGGCCAUUGGAAGGGCCUGGGCCUCUACCCUGGGGGAGGUGGGAGCCCUGGUACUGAGUCGAGAAGGGAAAAAAGAUUGCUGUGUGGGGACCUGACCCCUGGUGCAGGUGCACAGGGAGGCCACAGAGGAGGUUCUGUCAGGCUGGUGACUUGACCAGCCAGGACCAAGUGGGGGUGGUGAACGGAAGGCAGAUUCUGGAUUUUAUUUUUUAAAUUGUGGUAAAAUGUGCAUAACUUAGAGUUUACCAUCUUGAACUGAGCUGCAUUCACAAUGUUGUGCAAACUACUUCUUUUUGUUUCAUUUUUUUUAAAGAUUUUAUUUUAUUUUAUUUUAUUGGAGUGUAUUUAUUUUUAGAGGGAGGGAGAGAGACAUGAGAAACAAUUUGGCUGUCUUUUGUGCACGUCCAGCUGGGACCGAACCUGCAUCCUCCGACUGGGAAUCAAACCAGCAACCCCUUGGUUUGCAAGUCAGCACUCAAUCCACUGAACCAUACCAGCCGGGGCACAAACAGCGCUUCUAAUUCUAGAACAUUUCCUUCACCUCAAAAAGAAAGCCCAUCUCUGUUAGCAGUCACCCACAAACCCCUGGCAACAUGAACCCACUUCCUGUCUCGAUGUGCCUGCUCUGGACAUCUCUCAGGUGGAAUCACACUCGGUGGUGUUUUGUGUCUGACUUCUACUGAGUUCAAGGUCUCACAAGUUCUCGUCAUGUGUUCAAGGUCCAUCCAAUUGUAGCGAGUGUCAGCGCUUCACUCCCUGAAAUGGCUCAGUGAUAUUCCAGUGUGUGGAGGGAGUACAUUUUGUUUAACCAGUUGGUGGGCAUUUGGGUUUCUACUUUCUGGUUAUUUUGAAGUGUUGCUGGGAACAUUUGCAUGCAGGUUUUUCCUCUGGUGUAUUUUGGAAAGAGGUGAGGACUGGGUCGGGGUGAGGAGUCUAAGCACCUGGAAAAGUGGAGCUGAGAAUGCAGAAGCGAAAUUCCGAAGCUUCAUUUGGCUCAGAGGCCCCAUGUGGGAAUACAGGAAGGGGGCCGGGGUAGCCCUGAGCCCCCAGCCACUCAGGUGUGGCCCCACCUCCUUCCUUCAGCCUCAGCUGAGGUGGGAGGGAAUGGUCUGGCCAGGAGCCAGGGCCACCAGCAGCAUUGCCAGGACACAGAGAAUGGCCUUUGUUGCUGUCAACAAUGGCCUCACAGGCCUUCUAGGCAGGAGCACCCAGGAACCCAGAGGCAGACAUGCAGACCCUGAGGCAGGAGGCUACCCAGCACUGUAUCCCCCAGGGGACCGUGGAAGUGGACUUCCCGGCACCUCUCUACAGUGAUGACUACCUGUCCCUCAUGGGGCCCCGCUGGCCACCAGCCAUCAAGCAGGCGGUACGCUGGGCCUGCACGCCCAUGGGAUGUGAUGCGGCCAGCCAGCUGUGGUAUACUGGCCUAACCAACUCGGAUUUCCGAGAAGCCUGGUACACACUACCGAGGACCCUGGACAUCCCCUACCGGGAGGCUUAUGCCCGCUGGCUUGGAUGCUACAGCCACCGGAAGCACAGCAUGCCCUCAGCCUACACCCAGCACCUUCGGGAAACUGCCUGGUAUGACCCCAUCGUGCCUGCCCAGUACAGGGUCCGCAGCCCUCGUUGGGGGACCAUGCUGUGGAAAGACAGACCCAUCUGGGGCAAGGAAUAUGUGGUCAACAGGCACCAGUACGGGGUGGAGCUGCUGGGGCCGGCCUCAGACUACGUGCCCUAUCUGUCGGCACCGCAGCGCCCGAGCUACACGGCCCAGAACUACCGGCAGUGGGACCUGGAACCCUACUGCCCAUCCACUGGUCAGCGACUCCAACCCCACUACACAUCUGCAGUCUGA